AUGGAGCAUCUGCAGCCAGGAGAGGCUCCGUUCAUGACCAGGAGAGUGAAGGGCUGCUCGCUGGACGUCCACCCCACUGAGAAAGCCCUCGUGGUCCAGUAUGAGGUGGAGGCGACGAUACUGGGAGAACUGGGAGAGCCUGUGGUUGGAGAACGUAAAGAAUGUCAGAAAAUCAUUCGCCUGAAGAGUUUAAGCGCCAACACCAACACGUCGUCUUUGGCUCGUAAAGUGGUGCAGGAGUGUCGGCUGAUUCACUCGUCUAAACUCCGCGAGGUGGAGCAGCUGCUCUUCUAUCUGCAAAACCGCAAACAGUCGGACGAAAACCAAGAGAGUAAACGCAUCUCACCUCGAGACUUCGCACCGUACGCAGGAGUGGAGCUGGACGAGGAGGCGAGCAUCAGCAGCAUAGACGAGUAUGUUGAGCUGCUGUAUGAAGACGUCCAGGAGAAGAUCCGCGGAGCUACACUCAUCUUCCAGCUGGCCCGUAACCCUGACAACCUGGAGGAGCUCAUACAGAACGAAACGGCCCUCGGAGCCUUGGCCAGAGUCCUGAGGGAGGACUGGAAGCAGAGUGUAGACCUGGCAACAACCAUCAUGUACAUCUUCUUCUGCUUCUCCAGUUUCUCCCAGUUCCACGGCCUGGUCACACAUUUUAAGAUCGGCGCUCUGUGCAUGAACAUCAUAGAACACGAGCUGAAGAGGUUCGAUCUCUGGCAGGACGAGCUGCAGAAGAAGAAGAAGGCCUAUAUCCUUUUCCUCUCAACCGGAGAACAAUCUUCUGAGAACCAAAAUCUGAAGAGACACGAGAAGUCUUUCAGGAAGUACCAGAGUCUCCUGAGCAAGCAGGAGCAGCUUCUCAGAGUACACACCACAUUGUGUCUGUGCCUGCUGCUGAAUCUGGCUGAAGACACCCGCACAGAACUGAAGAUGAGGAACAAGAACAUCGUCCACAUGUUGGUGAAGAUCUUAGAACGUCAGGACGAAGAACUGCUGCUGGUGGUCGUCUCCUUCCUCAAGAAGCUCUCCAUCUUCCUGGAGAACAAGAACGACAUGGAUCCUCCAUGUUCCUACCAGCAAACUGACGAGGCCCAGAGACAGCUCAGCAUGUGCAUUCUGUACCACAUCAGCAUGGACGACAGAUUCAAGUCCAUGUUUGCAGACACAGACUGCAUACCGCAGCUGAUGAAGAUGAUGUUCGACUGCGGGGACGAGGCGAUGGACGUUGAGCUCAUCGCGCUCUGCAUCAACCUGGCUGCUAACAAGAGCAACGCUCAGGUCAUCUGUGAAGGUAACGGCCUGAAGAUGCUGAUGAAGCGAGCGGUGAAACUGAAGGACGUUCUGGUGAUGAAGAUGAUCAGGAAUCUGUCUCAGCACAACGGAUCCACCAGGAGCCUCUUCUUGGAUCACGUGGGAGACCUGGCGGUUCAGAUCAGCGAUGACGAGGCCGAAGAGUUUGUGAUCGAGUGUCUGGGCACGUUGGCCAAUCUGACCAUCCCCGACCUGGACUGGGCUCUGGUGCUCCAAGACUACAACCUGGUGCCGUACCUGAAGAACAGACUCAAACCAGGUUCGGCUGAGGACGACCUCAUCCUGGAGGUGGUGAUCAUGAUCGGCACCGUGUCCAUGGAUGACUCUUGUGCGGCCUUGCUGGCCAAGUCUGGCAUCAUCCCGGCUCUCAUCGAGCUGCUUAAUGCCCAGCAGGAAGAUGACGAGUUUGUGUGCCAGAUCGUCUACGUCUUCUACCAGAUGGUGUUUCACAAAGCUACGAGGGACGUCAUCAUCAAAGACACGCAGGCUCCGGCUUACCUCAUCGACCUGAUGCACGACAGCAACGCAGAGAUCCGCAAAGUCUGUGACAACACGCUGGACAUCAUCGCUGAGUACGACGAGGAGUGGGGCAAGAAGAUCCAGAACGAGAAGUUCCGCCUGCACAACGGCCAGUGGCUGGAGAUCGUGAAGAACCGCGAGCUGGACGAAGCCGGGACUCCGUUCCUGUACGGAGAGGACGGAGGAUCCUUCAUCGGGACCGGAGACAUCCUGGAGGGAGCCGACCUCUUCUACAGCGCAGAUGGGAUCCUCUCAGCAGACGGUACCAUCAGUCCCGACUUCUACGCCGACUUCCAGGACAGAGAGCUGGGACCGACGGCAUUCAUGGGAAGGUACUGA